UGAUUGGCUGAGCUAAUAUUGGAUUCGAGUCUCGUCUGUCUUGCCUCUGUAGCCUUUCUGUAACACACUGUCUAGCCCUAUAUAUACUCUGUACUGCCCUGUAUAAGCUCAUAUGUACCCUGUAUAAGCUUGUAUGUACUCUGUACUGCCCUGUAUAAGCUUGUAUGUACUCUGUACCACCCUGUAUAAGCUCGCAUGUACUCUGUACCGCCCUGUACAGAAUCUUACAGGCUACCUAUACAUUCUGUACAGAGUUGUGCAGAGAGAACCCUCUCUGUGGGCUCUGUGGCUCUGUCCAGCACUGUCCAGGGUUGUACAGAGGAUCCCUGUUUUGCUGAUGUCGUCCGUGUCAUCGGGGUCCAUCUUAGAUUUUUUCGCGGUGGAUUCCAAAGUGUCCGUGGCCUUGCGCUUGGAGUUGAUGUGGACCCUUUGGAACGAAGAGGUAACCACAAACUGUCAGUCCUAGGACUAUGACGGGUAUGAAAACCACUGGGAUGACGGACGCCAUGACAUGUUAUAGCCUGCGGGGUACUAGUAGACGACGUCCAGCCGCCAUGUGGUCACCUG